GGGCGGGAGAUGAGUGGUAGUCACAGUUCUCUGUGGACUGCCAAGCACCAGGUAACAGGGCAGCAUGAGGGCAAUAGUGUUCGCGGCCAUUUUGGCCGUUGCGGCGGCUUCCUACAUCAACGUCGGCGAUAAUUUUAACGUUGUCAUCGGCAAGGAGACCUUAGUUAACGUGGACGUGAAAGUGCGUGAGCUAUGCAUCCUAAAGCUGCUGAACCACAUCCUGCAACCGACCAUAUACGAGGACAUCAGGGAGGUGGCCCGAGAGUACGUACUCGAGGAAAACACCGACAAGUACCUGAAAACGGACGUGGUCAAGGAGUUCAUCAACAUGUUCAAGAUGGGUAUGCUGCCGCGCGGUGAGAUCUUUGUGCACACCAACACCCUGCAUCUGGACCAGGCCGUUAAGGUGUUCCGUGUGCUGUACUUCGCCAAGGACUUCGACUAUUUCAUGAAGACCGCGUGUUGGCUGCGCGAGCGCAUCAACGGUGGCAUGUUCGUGUAUGCUCUUACCGCUGCCGUGUUCCACCGCACCGACUGCAUCGGCAUUACCCUGCCCGCGCCCUACGAGAUCUACCCCUACUUCUUCGUUGACAGUCAUGUCAUCAACAAGGCGUUCAUAAUGAAGAUGACUAAGGCGGUGACCGAUCCAGUCGUUGCCAACUACUACGGCAUCAAGGUUACUGACAAGAACUUGGUGGUGAUCGACUGGCGUAAGGGAGUCCGUCACGCGCUUACUCAAGAGGAGCAAAUGACGUACUUCACAGAGGACAUUGACCUCAACACCUACAUGUACUACCUUCAUAUGAACUAUCCGUUCUGGAUGACCAACGAAAUGUACGGCCUGAACAAGGAGCGUCGUGGUGAGAUUGUCAUGUAUUCCAACUUGCAGCUGUUGGCAAGAUACAGGCUGGAGAGACUCGGCCGUAACAUGUGCGACAUCAAGCCGCUCAUGUUUAACCAGCCGCUGAAGUACGGCUACUGGCCCAAGAUCCGUCUGCACACCGGCGACGAGAUGCCCGUGCGGUACAACAACAUGAUUGUGGUUACCGAUGAGAACCUCAAACUGAAACGCCUCCUCGACGACGUUGAGAGGAUGCUUCGCGACGGAAUUUUGACCGGCAAGAUUGAACGUCGUGACGGUACCGUUAUCCACCUGAAGAAGGCCGAGGACGCAGAGAUGCUCGCUCGCCUCAUUCUUGGCGGUGUCAGGCUGGUCGGAGAUGAUGCUAAGGUCAUCCACCUUACCCAUUUGCUCAGGAAGAUUCUCAGCUACAGCCAAUACAACAUGAACAAAUACACCUACGUGCCUACUGCUCUGGACAUGUACACCACGUGCUUGCGCGACCCUGUCUUCUGGAUGAUCAUGAAGCGUGUCACCAACACCUUUGUGAUGUUCAAGGACUUGCUGCCCAAAUACACCCACGAGGAACUCGACUUCCCCGGCGUGAAGGUGGAGCACAUCACUACUGACAAACUGGUCACCUUCAUGGAUGAAUACGAUGUCGAUAUCACAAACGCGCUUUACCUGGACCAGAACGAGAUACACAAGAAGCACUCUGACAUGAUCUAUGUGGCACGCAUGCGCCGCCUCAACCAUCACCCCUUCAAGGUCAACAUCGACGUGGUCUCUGACAAGUCCGUCGACGCUGUUGUCCGCAUCUUCUUAGGUCCCAAAUUCGAUUGCCUGGGCCGCCUCAUCAACCUCAACGACAAACGCCUCGACAUGGUGGAGAUUGAUAGCUUCCUCUACAAGCUGGAGACUGGCAAGAAUACCAUCGUCCGUAAUUCACUCGAGAUGCACGGCGUGAUCGAACAGAGACCAUGGAUCAGGAACAUCUGGGACAAGACUUUCGACAACAGCGGAUCUGGUUUCAAGACCGUGGCUAGUUGGUGGUACAAGACUCGCCAUGGCUUCCCUCACAGACUGUUGUUGCCGCUAGGUCGCCAGGGUGGCCUACCCCUGCAGCUGUACGUGAUCGUGAGCCCUGUACGCACCGGUAUGGUGUUGCCCACUAUCGACAUGAACACCAUGAAGGAGCGCCACGCUUGCCGCUUCACUGUCUGUUUCGACACCAUGCCACUUGGCUUCCCCUUCGACAGGCAAAUCGAUAUGACUUACUUCUUCACCAACAACAUGAAGUUCACCGACGUGAUGGUGUACCGCAAGGACCUCUCCACCAUGUCCAACACGAGCAAGAACAUAGACACGUCGAACAUGGUGAUGAAGAAGGACGACCUCACAUACUUGGACUCCGACAUGUUAAUGCACAGGACGUACAAGGACGUGAUGAUGAUGAGCUCCGACAACAUGCUGCGCAUGUAAACUGCACCUACUCACGGCGCCGGCUUAGUUUGUAAUAAAGCAAUCAUUCAGAAAUAA